CGUCCAUGAUACCUAUAACAGCCCCAGACCCGGACGAGUGGCACGAUAUGCACGGCUCCGGGACCUCCUGGACCUCCUGGACCUUCCUUGUCUUGCAUCAGAUCUAUCUGGCUGUUUCCCUCACCCCAUCUUGCCACAUCUUGGUUGUGACUUGCUAGUACGCCGACGCGAACAUGUCUGACCACGAGAAGACGUCCGCUAUCGGCGUGGAGCAGGCCGAGACAGACACCAACCCCGUCACCAAGUCGCAGACUGUUGACACGCUCCACCACGAUGAGGGCCUGCGGGUGCUCGCCAAUUACAAUGGCGAUCCUCACUGGGAAGAGUCCGAGGAGAAGAAGCUUCGCCGCAAGGUCGACUGGAAACUGAUGCCAGUUCUUUGCGUGACCUACGGCUUGCAGUACUACGACAAGGCCAUGCUCUCACAAGCUGCGCUCUUCGGUCUCAGAACUGAUCUUGAGCUGACUGUGGGAGACCGGUAUUCCUUCUCGGCUGCCAUCUUCUACCUGGGCUUCAUCAUUGGUGCCUAUCCGGCCAUGUGGCUUGCUCAGCGCUAUCCCAUUGACCGCGUUGCGUCGGGGCUUGUGGUCGUCUGGGGCAUCUGCCUGAUCCUCACGUCCGCUUGCACUUCCUGGCAAGGGCUGUACGCGCAGCGUUUCUUCCUUGGUUUCCUGGAAAGUGGCAUCAGCCCUCUCUUCAUGCUCAUCGUCGGCUCAUGGUACCGGAAGAAUGAGCAGGCGCUCCGGAUGGGGAUCUGGUACAGCUGCACUGGCUAUGCCUCGUGUGUCUCUCCGCUCAUCAACUACGGGCUUGGUCUGAUCAACGGCGGCGUGUCGUCCUGGCGCUAUAUGUACUACUUUGCCGGCGCGCUUACCAUUGUGUGGGGUGCCUUGCUGUACUUCAUCCUGCCCCCGGACCCUGUCCACGCCAAGGGCUUCGACGAGCGCGAGCGCUACAUUCUUGUCAGUCGCCUGCGUACUAACAAUGCAGGUGUCCGCAACACGCACUUCAAGUUUGAGCAAGUUGUGGAGCUGCUCCUGGACCUCAAGUUCUGGAUCGUCUUCAGCAUCGGGUUCCUCUCCAUGAUUAGCAACGGGCCCAUCUCGACCUUCAUCCCCAUCAUCAUCAACGGGUUUGGAUUCACGACGCUCCAGUCUCUCCUCCUGGUGAUCCCCGCCGGCGCGUACGCCGGCACGCUGCAGCUCCUGCUGCCUUACCUGGCGUACAAGCACAACGGACUGCGAUCCUCCCUCAUUCUCCUUGCGCAGCUCGGGACCACGCUCGCGGCUCUGCUACUCUGGCUGCUUCCCUUGUCUGCCAAGGGAGCUUUGCUGUUUGCCUGCUAUAUCCUACCCUCUGUGGGAGGUGGAUAUGCCGUGCUCAUGGGUCUUUCCAUCGCCAACACGGCGGGUUACACCAAGCGCUCGGUGCAGUCCUCGGGCCUGUAUAUCGGCUACUGCCUCGGCAACUUUGUGGGACCUCUGGUGUUCAAGAAGGAAGAUGCACCGCGCUACCCGAGCGGCUUCCUCAUCGUAGUCAUCACUGCGCUCAUCGCGGGCCUCCUGGCGCCGGUAUACCGCCUACUGUGCAUGUGGGACAACAAGCGCCGCGACAAGGCCGGAGUCAUGGAGGGUUUCGAUAAUGCGUACGACGACGACCUCACCGAUGUCAAGCGGUCCAAGCGCAAACGCGCCGAGCUCGUCUGCGUCGCCUGCCACGCAAAGAAGGUCAAGUGUGAUCUCCAGGCCCGAAGCAAGCGAGGCUUUGCAGACUGCACCGCCUGUGGAACGACAGCAAGAGAAUGCACCGUCCGCACAUCGCGCCGCGGCAGGUGGCAGCAGCGGUCUGCCCCGAGAUCACAGAACGACGGAGCAGCACCGAGUGAUGUCGGCGUGGUCGCUGCGGCCCCAUUGCCACCAGCAGAGCCGCCAUCCUGCGAUCCUCCUCCUCCUCCGCCUCUUCCGCCUCCGCAAGCCGCUGGUCCCGCCACAGCAACGCCGCAAUCACAGCACUCCCAGACGAGCAACAGCCAGACUCUUACCGGCGACGUAGACACGGGGUUUCUGCAAGUGUACCGCGUCGAGAACCAGUCAGAUGCUCAGCGACAGGAGCUUGAAACCUGCCUGGAGCAGCGGCAGCACAUGGCCCAACCAUGUCCCAUCGACGAGGAGCUCCAACAGAGCUUCAGCGAGACCUAUUGGGAAAACUGCUACGCUUGGUGCCCAGUCAUCGAUCGGGAAAGGCUAUUUGACGACGUGGCCAAUUCACAACUGCUCGCGUACGCUCUGGCUCUCGCAUCUAGCCACAUCCAACCGCCACUGGUGCCGCACGAGGGCCCUGCCACCUACUACAAGAAAGCAAGAGAGCUCCUCUACGGUGACGAGGAGCCGGACAAGCUCACCGAGCUCCGGGCCAUCGCUCUCUUCUACUGGUGGGCUCCUAGGGCCCCCACGAUAGCGCAUCGGCACUCUUCCUGGUGGUGGACCUCGGUCAUCAUCAGGCAAGCUCAGCAGAUGAGCCUGCAUCGCGAGCCACGUCCCGACCACGCAAUAGCGGACCAGUACGAGCUCAGCCUCCGUCGCAGAGUCUGGUGGACUGCAUUUGCAAGAGAGCGCCUCACGGCUCUGUGCCAAAGCAAGCCAUGCAUCAUUGACCCUGCAGACUGCAACAUCUUAGAGCCGACACUGGCAGACUUCGCCCGGGACGCGGGCUCACAGAAAAAAGGCUCCAUAUUCAUCCACUGGGUCAGGCUUUGUGCCAUUAUCGGCGACAUUGCCAAAGCACUAUCUCGGACGGCUCAGAGCUCACCACCACGGCCGUUUCCUCAUGAUCUACGCCAGCGGCUCAUUGACUGGAUCCAAUCGCUCCCUCCAGCUCUCCAAUUGCCCAUAGGGUCCGCGCGAACCGUGAGCUUUGACCGCGACGUCCACCAGCUUCACCUGCCAUAUCUCACAACCAUCAUCGUCCUCCACCUGCAGCGGUCAGCCCACGCUCUCCCGCAGGCCCUCCCCCCGGCCAUACUCGCCGCCUCUUGCAUCGCCCGCAUCCUCAAGGAUACGCUGGCGCGCGGCAACACGCGCUUCCUCAUGGCCAUUACCUGCUGGUACGCGGCAACGGCCUUCACCGCCCUACUGCAGGCCUGCCGCAUCGCACACCUGUCCAGAGAUGCCAACGAGUGUCUCGACAUUCUGGUCCGCGCGGUCGAGCAGCUGCAGCACAUGUGGGGAACCGCGAACGUGAUCCGCCAGGGCUUCACGCGGCUCCGCGAGCAGUCGGAAUCUUACAACAAGCCGUUCCAAUCCAACUCUGCAGCGGCCAUGGCGGCACAGCUUGGGGGUGGAGCAGCAGCAAACAUUACUUCUAUAGGCGGCGGCACAAAUGGCCUCACAAAUGGCCCCCCCGGCAACGACGGCCGUAAUGUGUGCGCCGGUGUUGUUUCCGCCAUGGGCGAUGCGGCGUCGUCGUCCUUCGGCUCCGCGGCGGUGGUCCCAGCACCGCCGACGGUGGCGGGCUUCCACGACCUCAUGGGCGAGGAUUUCGACUGGACCGAGCUGUUCCCCUUUGUGACCCGCGCAACUGGCGGCAUCGCCGACAGUCUCCUCGGGGAUCGCGAGCAGGGCAUCCCCACACGCGGCCUGCCUUCGCCGGAGAACAUGCUGUUCCAGGACACCCUGAUGACGCAGUACCAGAACCUGCUGGAGCCGUUUGGGGACUACUUCUUCAAUAUCCCGUAUAUGGGCUUGGGGUGAUUGUGAAAAGAGGAGAUACUUUGUUUUUAGGACUCUGGCAGGGUGUGUGCGGGUCUCUCGCUAUGCGGUUUGGAAAAGCGGGUGUUGGGUGUUCAGCGGUGUUUUCUGGGGCUUUGAAAAAGGCAUGCUUGGCGUACCCAGGUGGCGGUGCACAGCGUAUUGCCCUUGAUUUUGAUGAAAUGCAAAGAUUAUGGUUUAUUAGGUUGAAAGCGGAAAACGUCGAAGAUACAUUCAACUCGAAGUCCCCUUCUCUUUCACUUUCUAGGCUCUAAUGCUCGUGAUGACCAUCGGGAGCAUACCGUGGUCUCAGGAUACUCCACACUGGCCGCCCUCAUAUGAGAACUCCGGAAAUUUCGUCGGGUAUGGAGAAAACAGUAGACAAAUAAACGGCAGAAAUGCUUGAAUACGAGAUCAGACUUCUUACGCCACCACCUUCUCCUUCUUCUUCCCAC